GCUACUGGUCUCAGCCACUUUGAAGGGUUAUUGUGAGGGUCAGAAGAGGAAGCGUGUGUGUGUGUCAGGGAUAUGCAGCGCGCUGUGUGUGAUGUGUCACGUUGUGGGUGUGUGUGCAUGUUUGUGAAUAUGUAUAAGGCGCUUUAUAUAGACACAUUCAGCGCUGAUGAAUUCAGGGACCACUUAUUAGGCGCUGUGCUAAGUGUCGGAAACACUAGAAAAAGAGGGUGCCUCCUCCCAGGGAGCUCACAGUCCAGAGCCCGCAAAGGGACGCGCACACCCCUGUAACGUUAUGCAAGCUAGACACAGCACUGGGAACGCCGGUCAUCUUGAUUUAAGCAGGAAGGGACCUCAGAGCUCAUCAGAUCUAGCCCCCUCGGUCAUCCAGGAGUGUGAAGGUCAGGUCCUCUCGCCUCAAAUCUAGCAGGGAGAGGCGAGUUCGGGCUGCUUAGUCCGAUUUGUCAUUUUAGAGGUGGAACUACCGAGACCCAGAGAAAUUAAAGGCUUUUACAAGAGCCCCAUAGCCUUCUGGGGGGCUCCUGAGUUUUACCCAGUGCUGGGAUGGCUCCCCUGGGGAAAAUGGUUGGUUGGUCCCUGUUGUGGACUCUUGGCUCCAUCAUCCCGGGCAGACGUCAGUUCUGCUCCUCUGAGUCCGGGCUUGGGCCAUGAGUUGGAAAGGACUCUGCAGGCCGGGAACUGGGGCCCAGGGGUCAACCUGCCGCAGCCACACCCCCAGGGGGAGCGGGGGAGGGGGAAGGGAGACAGUAAGCAUUGAUACUGUGUGCCGGACACUGUCCUGAGUCGUCCUGACAACAACUGUCGUUCACUCUGUAAGGAAAGACCCAGUGGCAUUAGAAUUGUGGUCCAGAGUGACAGGGCCAAAGGAAUAGCGGUCAGUUGUUAGAGACCCCCCUGUCCAGCGGUGAACUGUCGUUCACUCUGUAAGGCAGAGAGAUGCCGACUGGGCUGAAGUGACUCACCUGGUCACACAGCUGCCAGUGUCUGAGUCGAAAUUUGAACUCGGGUCUUCCUGCCUUCGGGUCCAGCAGCUCUCUACUUGUGGGCACCCCCAGCCACCUCUAAUGGUAAUGGUUAAUUUAAAGAAAGACUCCAUCCCUGUGAGGUCGGUCAGUCGGCAAGUAUUGUGUGCUUAGUUGUGUUCCUAUGGCUGGGCUGCCCCCUGGGGAUCCAAGUAAAGGGAGGAGCAGCCCCCCACCCCAAGGGGCUCCCCUUCUAAUAGGGCAGAGCUUCAUAGCUGGGGAGUCCCUGAAAGGCCCGGAGAAGGCAGCGUGUGAGCCCAGCCAAGUAACAAGUGCGAGGGGCAAAAUAUCCAGGGCUGGCCUGGAAAGGAGUGAGGGACAGCUCAUUUUACAGAUGAGGAAACUGAGGCAGACAGGUUUUGUGACUUGCCCAGAGUUGCUGCUAUGGCCCCCUCAGCUGCCUCCAGGCCUGGAAAGGAGAGGUGGAGCAGCAUGUUCCAGUCCUGCAGUGCAAGGAGGAGAACUUUAAGUACCGAAUAGAGAAGUUUCUGUUUGAAAGUAGUAAGGAGCCCCGAGGCCGCCUGGAGCAGGACAGUGCCAUGGUCAGCGCCUGGCAGCUGAGUGGAGCGGGUGGUUGGAAGAAGCUCGAGGCAGGGAGACCAUCGGAAGGUCAUCGCUGUCAUUGAGGUGGGGAGGGGACCUUUACAGGAGACUCCAUGAAGGCAGAGGGUACUAGUUCUGACAGUUAUAGGGAAGGAUUUGGAGGAAAGAUAGCCAGUUUAGACUUGUUGAGUCGAGACCCAGGGGGACAUCCAGGUCAAAAUGUCCGGUAGCUGGUUCAUGAUGGAGUGCUAGAGAGUCUAGGACUAUUUGUAUCUACUGAUCUGGGAAUCAUCUGCAAAUGGAAAUGGUCAUGAAACCCACAGGAGCUGAGAAAGAACAUUCAGUGGGACCAGGACAGAGCUCUGGGGGGUCUGUCACAGUGGCAGUGAUAUGGGGAAGGAGCUGGCCCAAAAGGACAGACCCAGUGGCAUUGAAUUGUAGUCCAGAGUGACAGGGCCAAAAGAAUAGCGGUCAGUUGUUAGAGACCAGUCCAGCAGGCAGAGCUCUGCAUCCAGCCGUCUCUUUUGUGUGUCCUAGAAACUUAAAAGUGUGACACCUCCUUCUGUUCUGUAGAGCAGUAGUCACCCCAGACUGAAAAGAAGUCCAGAAUGGGGCACAAAGGAAAUCGUGGACCAUCUUGCAGAAUUUGGAUAAGGGGAACUUCAUGUUCACAGAAGGCCAGAUGGGCCCCAUGUCCAGUCUUUAAAUUGGAAGGAGGUGGUGUUAGGUCACAUGAAAGGAAAUACGACUUUCUGUAGCAGGCAGAAAGAUCUGUGAGCAUAAUUAGUAUGCAGAGUGAAGUGAUCCUAAUGUCCCACAGCUAUAUAAAAUGCUAUUUUUUCUUAAAAAUUAAAAUGCCCAGCAACAUGCAUAAUUGCAAAUAGUUUUUAGAAAAGAGCUCCAUUUUCCUGAGUAGAACUAAUUAGAUAUCAUACUAGGUACCUUUUUGUCUCCAGCAAUAGCAAUUGGAACAUUUAAUUGAGAUUUUCUCCUUACCUUCAACAAACAAAUAUUAACUAAGGGGCAACACGGUGUUUUAAGUUUAAAUCCUAGCUCAAGAUAGUUACUCAGAUCACUUGACCUCUAUCUACCUCAGCUGCCUCAUCUGUAAAAUGGAGGAUGUUUGACUUAAUGGCCUCUAAUGUCUCGUCCAGCUUUAACCCCGUCACCUAAAUUGCAUCCUUUGUUUGGGUGAGAGUAAAAAUAUCUGAACCUCUGUCCUCUAGGAGCUUACCUUUUAUUAGGGGGAGAGGAAGAAGAGGAUGAAUGAUGUUUGGAUAUAGAUUAUGGCUCUUUAUGUCCCACCUUAAGAUUUGCAUGGCACUUUUCAGAUGGCGGCUUCAAGGGAACUUGGGACCCCUGGCGAUUCGGCAGCGGGAAAUGGGCACCGGAGUCACCUGGGCAUCCCUGAAGCAGUGUUUGUGGAAGAUGUUGAUGCAUUUAUGAAACAGCCUGGAAACGAGUCUGUGGAUAUUGUGCUCAAGAAAUUGGAUGAGCAGUAUCAGAAAUAUAAGUUUAUGGAACUUAACCUUGCCCAGAAGAAAAGGAGGCUAAAAAGCCAGAUCCCUGAAAUCCGACAGACAUUGCACAUUUUAAAAUACAUGCAAAGAAAGAAAGACUCUCCUAAGCCGCUGGAGACCAGGUUCUUGUUGGCUGACAACCUGUACUGCAAAGCCUCUGUUCCUCCCAUGGAUAAAGUCUGUCUGUGGUUGGGCGCCAACGUGAUGCUCGAGUACGAUAUCGAUGAAGCGCGCCUGCUCCUGGAGAAGAACCACUCGGUGGCCACCAGCAACCUCGAGUCCCUCGAGGAAGACCUGGACUUUCUGCGAGAUCAGUUCACCACCACAGAAGUCAAUAUGGCCCGAGUAUACAACUGGGAUGUGAAGAGAAGAAACAGGGAGGAGCCCCCCAAAGCCGUCGUGGCUUAGCGAACCCACCCUUUGUGCUGGAGCUCAGCCUUCCCAAUGGGCUUGACCUUUGGAGUAAUGAAUUUUAACUUGAGAGUAAUUGCUUUUUAAGCAAAAAGGACAUUAACAUUGAAGGCAAUGAUGAGCACACAUAUUAUUUAUGAAGAUAAAAUUUAGUCUCAUAUGUCAUGAAAUUUGAUCAACCAAGGACAUGCAGGAUUUGGACUUGAUUAUCUCCAUGCUUCCAAUAGUGACAUUCCAGAUCUUUGACCAGAUUAAAGCUGAAAUUUGCCUUCAGCCAAGCUGCAUGGGUGAAAAACUAGCUCCUGCAUACUCAAGGAGACCUUUUUCUUCUGUAUUGUUUACCUUUGACAUUUAGAGAAAGGGAAAAAUGUACAAUUCCCAUUUUACAAAUAUUGUUUUGUUGUUCUUUGUUAAACAAGUCUAUUGUAAGUUUGGUGAUUCACAAGUUAAUUUUUUUUCCUUUCAUGUAAAUUUAGUUAAUUACUAGUCAAUCUUCUGAAUGUUUUGCACUUUUUUGUGAAAUGACUUAUCUGUCUUUAUAGCUAAGAAGUGGAAUAUAAUUGAACAGCAACAAGGCUUGUCGAGACUGCACAUUCUUUACCCAACUUGUUUCCAGAGUUUCUCGUUAAUUAAAAAGAAAAUUGAGUGGCUAUUGCUCCCAUCUAGUAAUUAAGGAACACAUUGAAAAAUCUCUUGGCUUAAGCUAGGGUGAAUAACCUAACAGUUCACAAGAACAUCUUAAGAGGGGAAACUCAUUUUGAUGCUAAUUUCUUUGAAAGGAAGGAUGUGUAGAUGUCCUGAAUUAAAACAGCUGUAAUAAAAAAAUAGUUUGUGCCUCUGCUGCUGAGUGAUGCAGAGUUGCUAGAAAUAGAAAUGUAUUCUUUUGCUUUCAAGUAGUAAAUGAUGAAUUUGUAAAACUUGUAUGCUUUUAUUUCAUAAUAUUAAAACAGUGAAAUUAAACUUGUGGCAA